GAGAGCUGACCACCGGGCCUCCGUAAUGACGGGGAAACGAAGCUGAUGGGAGACUGAGAAGCUGUCAACGCUUCGUGUAGGAAGCAGUGAGGUAGAGGAGCUACAAAACAACCAGAAAACACUAUUUUCAUAAAGGUGCUGGUCUCAUCAUGGCCUCCAAACUCAGUGUGUUGCUGCUGUUUCUGUGCGUUACCACGGUAACAGUGCUGGCCCAGAGGCGGCGCCCGACAUCGACUUCUACGUCCACGUCUACAACCACAGACGAGUGGAACUACAGGGAUGGCUCGGAGAGGGUGAACAUGCGGAACGUGGCCAACCUGACUCAGGUCCUGGACAACUGGAGGUUCGACAUCCUGAGCCAGAUGAGAGGACUCCUGCAGAACGACCACCAGUCCCUGCUGCCCGACUACGCCAGGAUCCAGCCGCUCUCUGAGGCUCUAGACGACCUCUACAAGGAGUUCAACGCCCUCAAAUCUCACCUGGGCGACCUGACUGAGAAGUUCGCCGCCAUCGAGACCUUCAUCGAUGAGAUGAAAGCAGGAGGGGCUAACAACGCCAACGCCAGUCCUGCUGCUAACCCUGCUCUGGCCGCCGUCCCCAGACAGCCCGGGAGGAGGGUGAUAAAGAAGAAGGCCCCGGCUGCCUAAUCAGCCAAUCACAAGCUCUCCCUUUCCUGGUUCAUGCCUCUUUUUAAAGCUCUUUUUCGUCUGUAUUUCUCCAACAAGACUUGUUUUAUUGUCAUGCACAAUGACGUUAGUAUGGUAAGGACUUCUCUGCACCGGCUUUGUGUAAGUUCGAACGCUGCCUAGUUUGUAAAUUUAAUGGCGUUCAGGCUCUGCUAACAUUUCAGGUGUUUUAAUGCUUGCUUCAGUAAUAACUUCAGUUUUACACAGAGAAUCUAGUAGGUUAAAAUCCUCAGGGAAAACUCAGAGAACGAGCAGAGGAUGUUAGCUGGUGUCAGCAGUGUGGCCUCCAUGAUCGAUUACAACCUAACCCAGAACUUUCUUUGGAUUCAGACUUCAGUCUUCCAUAAGUUGGGAUCAUUCAUGCCAUCCCAUGAUCCUCUUCUUAUGUCA